ACCCCUAAAACCGCGAGCCAAACGAUUUUUGUUAGAAAUCGUCAACGGCAACUAAAAUAUAGAGUUAAAGUUAACUGAGACAGGCAACGCAUAACAACAAACAUGGCGGAGGAAGUCAUCGGCAGCGUUAAGAAUGCAAUCAAGGGCAUAUUGGAGAAUGUGAAUGGAAAUGCGAACGCGAAUGCAAAAAAUGAAUCCAUCACAAACGAAAAGAAGCCAUCGACGCCGGAAGGCAUCGCCGUGGCGUAUGGCAGCCUGGUCAUAAUGGCCAUGUUGCCCAUCAUUUUCGGCUCCAUACGCUCGGUUAAGUUGCAUAAACUGAAAAAGUCGACGGGCGAGAAGGCAGACACAAUGACCAAAAAGGAUGCCAUGUACUUUCCACUGAUCGCUUCUGUGGCGCUGUUCGGCCUGUACAUGUUCUUCCAGAUCUUUCAGAAGGUGCACAUCAACUUGUUGCUAACCGGCUACUUCUUUGUGCUGGGCGUCAUCGCGCUGGCCCAUCUGCUUAGUCCGGUGAUCAAUUCGCUGAUGCCGGCCGCCGUGCCAAAAGUACCAUUCCAUAUACACUUCACCAAGGGUGAGGGUAAACACAAGGAGGACAUCAUCAACUACAAAUUCUCCACGCAUGACAUUGUCUGCCUGAUCAUCUCGUCGAUCAUCGGCGUCUGGUAUCUGCUGAAGAAGCACUGGAUCGCCAACAACAUGUUCGGUCUGGCGUUUGCCAUCAACGGAGUCGAGAUGCUGCAUUUGAAUAACUUUGUUACCGGUGUCAUACUGCUGAGUGGACUGUUCUUCUAUGACAUCUUCUGGGUGUUUGGCACCAAUGUCAUGGUCACUGUGGCCAAGAGCUUUGAGGCGCCCAUCAAGCUAGUCUUUCCCCAGGACAUACUCGACAACGGCCUCAACGCCUCGAACUUUGCCAUGCUCGGCCUGGGCGACAUUGUUAUUCCCGGCAUCUUUAUUGCCCUGCUGCUGCGAUUCGAUGACAGCAAAAAGCGCAAGACGCGCAUCUACUUCUACUCCACGUUAGCUGCCUAUUUCAUGGGUCUAAUGGCCACGAUAUUCGUGAUGCACGUCUUCAAGCAUGCACAGCCGGCGCUGCUCUAUCUGGUGCCCGCCUGCAUGGGCACGCCCCUGCUGGUGGCCCUGAUCCGCGGCGAGCUGAAGGUGCUCUUUGCCUAUGAAGAUCAUCCCGAAGAGAAGCCUGAGAAGAAGGAGAAAAAGGAGAAGGAUGAGAGUGGCAGCAACAGCGGCAGCAGCAGCAGCAGCAAGAAAAAGGACUCCAAGAAGGCCAAAUAAUUCAUUUAAUGAAUUCCAAGCGCCGUUUCCACCAGCAAGCAGCAGCAGCCCGCGUACAAGUCUUCUAUUUUUGGCUAGUAACAAGUAAUAAGCACUACAUUUUAUUAAUUUUUAUUUUGCGUUUUGUUUUCUUUCUUAAAUUAGCUUCCAUUUAUGCUUAAUGCAAUUUACUGCAAUCAAUCUAUAAAAGACGAUUUUGACUAUUAGAAAGUUAGGCAUGUUCCUUCUUUCUGUUCGAUUAGGUUUUAUUAAUAAGAGAUCAGUUUUCGCAAAUCCAAUCUUUUUAUAUCAAAUACCAAAAUCAAAAGUCCAUAAUUCUAUUUAAAUGAACUGUAACAAAAUUACAUCUAAGAACAAUAACAAUAAAUUGAAAUAUUCCGAA